UUUCCAUCAGCAUUGUUCUACUUCUUAUAAGUUAUAAAAGAGUGAACUACAUUCUGGUUUUGUUUCUAUAGUUUCUAAAUGUCAGGGUGAUGGUGCUAUUUAUCUUGUUUUGUUUGUGCCUUUGCGGACUUCUUGUCCGUGCUUAUAUUUUUAUUGUUUCUUCUUCUUGGAAAAAAAAACUACAUUCUGGUUUUAUUCUCUGUGAAAUUUCUUUGUUUCCUAUUUUCUUCUAUUUGUUUAACUACUUUAAAGGCUUAAUUAGAUUAGUAUAGUGUUAUGAAUUCUGCAAAAAUAUGUCCUUUGAAAUUUACUUUGGAAUAACAAUAACUAUUUAUGUAUGUAUAGUAAUCUACUUGUCAUCAGUUAUGUAAGAUUGUCAGAGGCUGAGGUUAACGCUAUUAGCCUAUCACUUUUCUGAAUACUUUUUGUUUAUUUCUUGCAGGUUGAUUUAAACAGAGCCGGGGUGCCCUUGCUUGAGAUUAUUUCUGAACCUGAUAUGAGAACUGGUAUUGAAGCUGCAGAAUAUGCUGCAGAAUUACAGAGGUUGGUUCGGUACUUGGGAGUGAGUAAUGGGAAUAUGCAAGAGGGUUCACUUCGUUGUGAUAUGAAUGUCUCUGUUCGACCAAUUGGGCAAAUAAAGUUUGGGACAAAGGUGGAGAUAAAAAAUUUGAAUUCGUUUUCAUCUGUGAGCAGGGCAAUAGAUUCUGAAAUCUCCAGGCAGGUGCUUCUUCAUAGUCAAGGCCAGAACAAAGAAAUUGUACAGGAAACUCGUCUAUGGGAAGAAGGAGCUCAGAAAACAGUUACAAUGAGAAGGAAAGAAGGACUUGCUGACUACAGAUAUUUCCCAGAACCAGACCUUCCAGGAGUUUUCCUCACCCAUGACUAUGUUGAUGGUAUUCGUAAUACAUUGCCUGAACUUCCAGAAAUGAAGCGUCGGAGAUAUGAAAAGAUGGGUCUGAGCAUGCAGGAUGUUCUUUUUCUUACAAACGACGUAAAAGUUGCAGAGUUUUUUGAUACUACUAUUACAAAGGGUGCCGAUGUGAAGCUAGCUACCAACUGGAUAAUGGGUGAUGUUGCUGCCUAUAUGAAAAAUGAAAAAUUGACCAUCAAUGAGAUUAAGCUUAGCCCCCAAGAGUUGGCUGAGUUAAUAGCUUCCAUUAAAGAUGAGACUAUUAGUGGGAAAAUAGGAAAAGAGAUACUGUUUGAGCUUCUAGCCAAGGGUGGUACUGUGAGGGGACUGAUUGAAGAAAAAGAUUUAGUUCAGAUAGUAGAUCCUGCUGAGAUUGAACAAAUGGUAGAAAAGGUGGUGUCAGAGAAUCCAAAGCAGCUGGAACAAUAUCGUGGUGGAAAAACUAAACUGCAGGAUUAUUUUGCCGGGCAGGUAAUGAAACUAUCAAAAGGAAAUGCAAAUCCAGGGCUCCUGAACAAGAUUCUUUUAGAGAAAUUAAACGCCAAAAGCUGAUAAAGGUCUAGAUGAUGCAAUAUUGUGGCCACCAAUGGCAAACCAGCAUUGCUGAAUACUGAAAGCAUUUCGACAUUUGUUGCUUGAAUUAUGUCUUGCCUGCUGUAGAAGCAUAUCUUGACUUUGACGUGUUUGUGGUCACUUCUGAGUUCUGAACCAGCAUUCAGCAGCUGUUUGAGAUUUGACCUGCCAUAUCUGAAUUAUGGAUCAAGAGUAUCUAGAGCUUGAAGAAACGAUUUGCCUCUAAUUUUAUACUUCCUGCUGCAGUUUGAUUGCUCUACAAGCUAAAAAGCUGGAUGGAGAGAUUGAAUUAUAAACUCAGCUUCUUCCGGUACAUAAUUCAUUUUCCAGAAUUCAAGCUCUUAAUUUUGGUGUUCAAAGAUUCAUUUGUACUUAAAAGAAAUGAGAUCAAUUACAUAACACAUACAUUUUGUGUACUAUCAACCGCUCACCAUGGAUUAGGAACUAUUCAAAAGGGUGGCGGAUUUACUCUCCACUUCCGAAAUUCAUAAAUUGGCUUCACAACUUUGUUAGCUAUGUUGUAUACUCCCACAUCGUGACCACC